CCUCAUUUCUCCUGACAUAGCCAUAAUAAUGAGUCCUCAUUAUGAAGGACCCAUAGAUCUGAACCUUGGACUGUCGUCUGCAACGCCGGCGGUGUCGUCAGGAGAGGCUACAACUAGAUCAAAUACCAACGGCCCGCCAAGCCCAAUACUUCAUCGGCUUCCACAUUUGAAAGUAGAUACAAUUCAGAAUGCCUUUUCAGGAGCAUUGGAUGCUCUUGAUGGAGCCGGUGACCGUCUUCUUCACAUAUUGGAUGACCCAAACCCUGUUCCUGAACAUGUCGAGCAUUUUAAGUAUAAACAGGAUCUUGAACGGAAACUUACAGUGACAUCCGUGAUCGGACUUGGGUUUUCACUCAUGGGGGUACCUUAUGGAAUUCUGUCUACCCUUUGGAUCUCACUUAUGGAUGGUGGAAAUGUGACUCUAUUGUAUGGAUGGGUAAUUGUUGCAUUUUUCUCAGUAUGUGUAGUGCUUUCAUUGAGUGAGAUGUCUCUGAAGUAUCCAACUGCUGGUGGUGUAUACCAUUUUUCGGCCAUUCUUUCUAACGAUAAAUAUUCAUUAGUCAGUUCAUGGUAUACUGGGUGGUUUCUUCUUGUGGGGAAUUGGACUUACUCUCUAAGUAUUAUGUUUUCUGGAAGUGAAUUUAUUUUACUGGUGUUGGGGUUAAGAAAUUCUUACUAUAAAGAAGACGUAUUCAUUGUACUUGCCAUAUUCUUUAUCCUACUCACUAUAUGUGGGUUUAUAAACUUUAAGUUACUGAAUUAUCUUGAGAACAUCAAUAGGAUUUGUAUACUUUGGUCAAUUGCCACAGUUUUACUCAUUGAUAUUUUACUUUUAGUAUUUGCCAAAAGAACAAAUUCCAUUAAAGACAUUUUAACAAGCUUCGACAACACAAGAAGUGGCUGGCCAUCACCGAUAGCAUUUCUUAUAGGUCUUCAAGCUAGUUCAUUUACUAUGACUGGAUAUGGAAUGCUCUUUUCUAUGACCGAUGAAGUGAAGAAGCCAGAACGAAACAUGCCCAAGGGAGCAAUUCUGGCUACAGUAAUUGCGGGCUUUACUGGACUUUGCUUUAUCUUGCCACUAUUGACGAUUCUUCCUCAAUUGACUGUGUUGCUCGACGAGACGCCAGAGAUCAUGCCAAUUGAUUUGGUCUUCAAGACUGCGACCGAAUCAUAUGUUGUAUCGUUCUUGCUCGUCUGUUUGCUUAUAGGUACAGUGAUAUUUCAAGCCAUUGGUCUGUUAACUACAGCCCUGAGAAAUACAUACGCAUUUGCAAGAGAUGGGGGUUUACCAUUCAAACAUCUUUGGAUCGAAGUGGAUAGUAUUGAUGCAUCUAUUGUCCCCAAAAAUGCUCUUUUCCUCUCAAUGAUGGUUUGCGGGAUCCUACUGUUCCUCGCCCUUUGGUCAGAGCUGGCAUUUAAUGCAUUUAUGGGGGCACUGGUAAUUCUGUUGGCUCUUUCUAAUGGAAUUCCAAUACUUUGUCUCAUGAUGAAUAAAAGACAAAAAAUCCAAGGAGCUGCUUUUAGAUUAAGAUAUUUUGGAUGGUUAGUUAACGGGUUAAGUGUCUUUUGGGUUAUUCUUCUGUCGAUAAUCUUAUGUUUCCCAGUGGUGAUUAAGAAUCUCACUGUUUAUCUGAUGAAUUAUAGCGUUGCUGUGUUUUCAGGAUUCACAAUUUUUGCCACUGGUGGAUGGUAUGCUUGGGGUAAUGGUUCAUUUGAAGGACCCCAAAUAGAUACAGAUUAUUUCGAGCUUGAAAAUCAAACUUUACGGAAUGAAUUUGAACUUGACGAUGAAAUAGAUUCUGAUAAUGAAAUAUUGGAUGAUGAUUAUGAUGAUGAAGAAAUUGAAGGAAGAGUUGAUGAUGAAUUGAGAAAUCAUAACUUUGGAGAGGAAGAAGGGGAUUCCCAUAGAAGAAGCAGUAGUAAUAAGCGGGAAUAAUGUAAAUAUUUUAUAGAUUAAUAGAGAGAC